UUUCGGUUUUAAAUUCACAAUGGACGUAUAAAAUAUUGAAUCUUUUUCAAUAAACGAACAGUUAAAAAUAAAUUAAAUAAUAUCAUUAUCUAAAGUAAAUAGUAGAUCCAACUGACGGCGUUUAUCAAUUAAUACACCUUCACUGAUUAAUCUGGAUUGAUGCAGUCAUAAGAAGAGCUCGUGAUAAAAUUUAAAAUUCACGAUCAAGAUUAACUAUGUACGACUUAUGUGUAGUUGGAGCUGGUAUGAUAGGUUCGUCUGCUGCAAGGCAUGCAACGGUCACUUCCGGUCUAAGUACGUGCCUUAUUGGACCAUCGGAACCAAAAGGAAAACGCUCGGCGCAAAACUUUGAGAUCUAUGGUUCUUAUUUUGACGAGGGACGAAUAACGAGAUGUCUUGACAAGGAUUUUGUAUGGUCAUCUCUGGCACAGGAAUCUAUCAAAAGAUACCGAGAUAUAGAAAGACAAUCUGGUAUUACGUUCUACCAUGAGGUAGGCAAUCUGAUGAUUGGAGGAAAAACUUAUUUAAGCAAAACUGAUGAUGUCGCUUCAAGAAACGCUAUUCCAACGGAAUUUAUCGACAACACAUCGCUUCAACAUAGAUUUCCCUACUUACGAUUUACAAAUAACACUCACGGUAGUUUUGAAAAACAAAAUGCCGGACAUAUCAACCCAAGAAAAAUUGUUCAAGCGCAAAAAGUGAUUGCGGCGGAACAAGGAUGCACCAUUAUUGAUGACGUCGUCAAUCACGUGACAAGAAUUGUUCAAUCAGAUGGCACGUAUGCAAUGCAGGUGAAAACGGAAGAAGGUCGUACUGUUCUUUGCAAGAAAGUUUUAUUGGCCACAGGAGCUUUUACUACUUUCAAAAACCUUAUGCCUUAUAUGAAACCUGAGCAGAAACUAUCCCCCAUAUCUGUGUCGUUGCUAGAAGUGGACACUUCUAGCCUAGAAACUUUGAGGGAUAUGCCAUGUGUUAUCUACUAUGGCAGUGCAAAUGCUGACUGGGAAAUACCGUCAUCACAAAUGAGGGAAAAUGAGGUGUCAUUCUACUUGUUACCUCCAAUUAAAUAUCCGGACGGUCGUUACUAUAUAAAACUUGGACUCUUUAAUGCCGUAACUGCCACCAUGACGUCAUUAGGUGAUGUUAAACAAUGGUUUGAUAAUGGAGACACCAAAUAUGCUGAAAAAGUAACCAAAUUUACAGAGUCUUUGUUCAAAGGGGUAAAUUUCAAUUCCUGGUACAGAGACAGCUGCGUCAUAACAGAAACGCCCACCGAACGCCCAUAUAUAGACAUGUUGCACGCCCAACUAGGCGUAGCUAUCGGCGGGAACGGUUAUGCAGCGAAAUCAAGUGACGAGAUUGGUCGAUUGGCUGCCGACAUGAUAAAUGGUCAAUGGAACUCAAAAUUGCCAAGAGAACUGUUCAAACUUAGAACAUUAUCAAAAUAUGAUGAGUCUACUUUUACAAGUCUUUUGGGCAAGCUUUAACUAGUCAUGAAAUACUGAUAUACAUGUAAAUAGUAUUAUAUAACGUAAAAUUGGGAUACAUUUAGAGCAACAGGAAAUGGCUAAAUCGUCUGGGUUUCAAAUGGCUAAUAAGAUUUGGUGCAGACCAGUUUAAGCCAACAAAAGUUAUUUAAAUAGUUUGUUUGAAUAACCAAUCAAUGUAAUUGGUUUAAAUAACUUUGCAUUUUUGAGAUCAUUGACAGAGUUCGACUUGCAAAUACCAAUUAUUCCCAAAUACCAAUUAUUCGUAACAACAAGAGACUUAUAAAUAUAUAUACACAUACCCUGCUAUAAUUGUCAAAAAUAUUUAUAAUUAGGAAAUAGAGAUAUCAAUUUUGAGGAAUAUAA